AUGCAGAUCAUCCCACCGACCCAAUCAAUUCGCAACAACAACAUCUAUCUGCACAGCCACAACACCAGAUCAACGGCAGUAGCCGCAAGAAUGGUCGCUGUUGCCCUCUCCAACGGCGACGACGCAGCAGCAGCAGCAGCGUCGCCAUCAGACCCGUUCACCGCCACUGCCACUUCCACUGCCACUGCCGCUGCCGGUCGAUCGUCGUCGACUCCGGGCGGUGGAGGCGGCAAAGGUCUUCUCGACAUCGAACUCAGUCACAUGGGAUCUUGGGUGCAGACGCAGGUAGAAGACGACAAUGAUUGGCAAGGAGGAUCAUUCCCCCAUAUCUCGGAGAAGGAAGCGGUACUGAAGGAGAAGCGCAACGGCAAAGACGACGGCGGCGGCGGCGACGGCUACGGCUACGAAGCGGUCGAGAAGAGCCGAGAUGGGGUGGUGGGGAAUCAGAAGGUCCUUGGAACGUGUACGAGUACUACUCACGGCGCGAGAGAUGGUCAUGACAAUGGCGGUGGUGAUGAUGUUGUUUUCAUUUACAGCGGAUCAUCCCAGGUGGAAAACUUUCUGAGCUGGUUCUCACUGGCCUCGAAAGAACUGAUGAAGCUUGAAUCACUGCAAGGUUCUAUCCCACCAAUAAAGCAUUCGAAGUCUCCGCCUUCUCAAGUGUGCGAUGCGAUUAGUUAUGUACAUACGUUUGCUGGCACUGUCCGAGCGAAGCCCUCCCCAUUCCCUUUUACACCGAGUAUAGUGAUAGAGCGCAAAGACAUGAGCGAGUCCUGA